GUGCUUGAUGGUGCUCCAGUUGACGGACCAGUUGUGCUUGAUGGUGCUACAGUUGAUGGACCAGCUGUGCUUGAUGGUGCUCCAGUUGAUUGACCAGCUGUGCUUGUUGGAGCUUCAGUCGCUGGAGUCACCGAUGGAUUUCCAGUAGUAGGGCCAGGUGUGCUUGUUGGGGCUUCUGUUGUACGCACAGUUGUCUUAGUUGUUUCAUGACAAGGUGUAACUCGGGUAGGUUUUGCACUUGUUUGUCCUCCAGUUGUCGGACCAGCAGUACUUGUCGAUGCUCCAGUUGUUUGACCAGCAGUGCUUGAUGGUGCUCCAGUUGUCGGACCAGAAGUGCUUGUUGGUGCUCCAGUUGUCGGUCCAGCCGGGUAUGUCGGUGGUGCUCCAGUUGUCGGACCAGAAGUGCUUGAUGGUGCUCCAGUUGACGGACCAGCUGUGCUUGAUGGUGCUCCAGUUGACGGACCAGCCGUGCUUGUUGUAGCAUCAGAACCUGGAGUCACAGAUGGGUUUCCAGUAGCAGGGCUAGCUGAGCUUGAUGGUGCUCCAGUUGUCGAACCAGCAGUGCUUGAUGGUGCUCCAGUUGUCGGACCAGCCGUGCUUGAUG